AUGCAGUUGAGAAAACUGAUCCGUAAGAUGAGUGGUCUACCGGCUUCAGUCCACCCUGUCAGUGCUGAAAUUAAGAAUGCGACACCUGUAGAGGAAGCCUGGGAUCCUGCUCAGUGCCAAAUGAUUGGCGCUGAAUACCCUUUUCUCAGCAGUGUCAAGAACCAACAGGUUGACGGCCUUUGGCUGUGUCAUUGCGGUACCGAGAACCUCCUCACACACAUCACAGGCAAGUAUCCCUUCGGAUACCUUCAGUGCCGUCGUUGCAGCCAUGUCCUUUGUGACGACUGCCGAACGUCAGAGAUCCUCACUCAGAUUCCAAUCGAGGCAACGGAACUCUUCCGACCUCGUUUUCACGAGGGCAAUCAAAUGGCGUACUGUUCACACCCCCUCCAACCUGGGAGUACUGGCUACUAUAUUGGUUCCAUAGUCGAUUUCCGCCGGGAUCCUGAGGGUACCGCGGUCGCCAUGAAGCUCGAUUGGAACCUUGGAAAGAGCGUCUCUCCGGAGCCUUCCACUGACGCCGCAAAGCCUCCGUCGCCUCUAUCACGUCCAUCGCCACCUGUCCGUGCUACUAAGCCGGUGUGGGUGCAAACAGCUGCACCCACAACGCCAGCGACACCAGACAGAGCCCAUGUUCCCGGAGUAAGGACAGAGCCGCAAUGCUCCCCAUCGCCUCCUGUUCUUGUUACUCAGCCGCCGCGGGUGAAUGUAAUUGCACCAUCGCCGCCAGUGAGCCUAGCUAAAGCUCAGGUUUGGAGGGAGACAGAGCCGGUACGCCCGUCUGCGCCGCCUCGCGCUAUUACUCUCUCCAGACUGUCUCGUGGAGUUGAUCUUUCUGGAGAAGAUCUUGAGCGCCGUCAGAAGGCUCGGCAAAUCUCGAUUCAAAAUCGAUCCCAGCCUGGAUUCCCGCCUGCUCACCGUCCUAAACUACAGGCUCGUUCCCAGACUGUCGCUGGCCCUGCCGAGCGUGUCAUCAUUCAGCCUCCCCCAUCCACAGGUUUUAAAGACCUGGAUGAGGUGAUGGCCCAGCUCCGGAGUAUCCCCGGAUACAGGGCCGUCGCUUGA